AUGGCGCUCUCGACCGCGGAGGAGAAGAAGACGGCGGCGGAGAUCGUCGCCGCUCUGGAUCUGCAGCGCCACCCCGAUGGUGGGUUCUACCUGGAGACCUUCCGUGACCCCUCAAUCGCACUCCCCACGUCCGCUCUCCCGCCCCGCUAUAAGGUUGAUCGAGCUGUGAGUAGCGCCAUCUAUUUCUUACUGCCUGCUGGGGAGAUUGCUAGGUUGCACCGCAUCCCUUGUGCUGAAACCUGGCAUUACUACCUAGGAGAACCUCUCACGGUAUUUGAGGUGCACGAUGAUGGACAAAUCAAGAUGACUGUCGUUGGUCCUGAUCUGCGACAGGGCCAGAGACCACAGUACACAGUUCCUCCAAACAUAUGGUUUGGGGCCUUCUUGACCUGCGACAUUGAAUCCUUUACUGAAGAUGGAAGUGUGUUUGUCAAGAUUCCUGGAAGAGACCCUGAACUGCAUUAUUCGUUCGUUGGUGUAACCUGUGCUCCAGCGUUCCAGUUUGAGGACAAUGAACUUGCAACACGUGAGGACAUUAAAGCUUUGACUCCUAAGGCAGAAGCUUUCAUCAAUUACCUCGUACCGUCUUAG